AAUAGAUAUUUAUAAAUCCUCCUUUCGGAGGAUCGAUUAAGAAAAUUAAUACAUAAAUAAAAAAGGUUUAGACACGCGGUGCGACCUGGCCGAACUCUUCUUGGGCGCGCGGAAGAUCUCUUUACAGCUGGUCCCAAAAAUGUCGUCCUCGCCUAAAAACGUCCUAAGGGAACAGCCAUCCCGCGGGAAACCUUCCCAAGCUCCCGUUGGAAUUUCGUCAUGUCUUUGCGGUCGCCGUCGCGAUUGGUGGAGGCGUUUUCUCGAGGCGCCGCAGCAUUAUAGCCGGCUCCGGGAAUAGAAUAUGGUGGCGUCUUCCCGUGGGUGGACGGUGGGAGGCUGGGGAAAAUUCUUCGGGAAGUUAUAAGAGUUAUCGCCGACGACCGCCCAGAUUAGUGCGGUUCCUUCCUCGAAGCGCGGCAUUUUGGAAAACCACUCAAAAAUGGACGAGGAGCAAGUGCAGAUGCUCAGGAGGGCGUUCUCCAUGUUCGACUCCACUAAAUCUGGGAAAAUCGAGAAGGAGAAGGUCAGGACCAUCUUGAACACCCUCGGGCACACCUUCGACGACAACGAGCUGGAGGUCUUGCUCGAACAGGAGGACGAAGACGGAAGCGGAAGGCUCAACUUCGACUCCUUCUAUCGCGUGGCCAGCCACUUCCAGGAGGAGGACGACGAGGCCCUGCAGAAGGAACUGAAGGAGGCGUUUCGUCUUUACGACAAAGAGGGAAACGGCUACAUCCCGACCAGCUCUCUGAGGGAAAUCCUGGCAGCUCUGGACGACCAGAUCACCCCUGAUCAGAUGGAUGGCAUGAUCGCCGAGAUCGAUACCGAUGGAUCGGGCACUGUCGACUUCGACGAAUUCAUGGAAAUGAUGACCGGCGAUUAAGCGGCGAGCGGCUUGCAUACCAAAAGGAUGUGAAUUUUGCAAAACCCGAGGAGAAAAGCGCGCCCCUUCGCGGCCACCAUCGUGCGAGGCUGUGCAUCACGGCGAUAACGUUAUGCAAAUGACCGUCUGCAUAAAUAAAUUAUUUUAUCUUU